UGCACAUCAAGUUUGGAGAGUCAUUUGAAGCAGUUCAACUCCUCCUCGCCAGUGUGAUCAGGUCCGCCUCCUGUCAGCGCUGCUCCAGCUGCAGAUGCCGGAUGCUCUCUCACACAGUGCACAGUUUCUCUGCACUCUAAAUUAGCCUGCCUUCACUGUGACAAUGAACAAGAUGACAUCGCGCCAUAAAGCUUAGCCUCGCUAUCUGAUGCCUCUUCUGGAUACACCUCUCUGAUUCUGGAGCCAGAAGCAGGCUAUGACAUUUUCUUGGCAGCUAAAUUAAUUUGUGACAGGCUGUGCCUGCUUGUAUUAUUGCAACAUUAUUUUUCUUCUCGGCGCUCUGUGAGCCUCACAACAUGUCUAAGUUAUGCAUUGUCCUCGCAAUGUGCUUUGCGUUUUUACCACGGGGCUUUGCAGCGUCAAAGACCUGGGUAGCAGAUCCCAGGUCAGAAUUUGGGAGCGAGGCAGAAGAAAAUGACAGGCUGCAGGAGGAGAUAGAUGGCCAGGAGAGCAUCCUCUCUAAGCUGCUGGGUGAUUAUGACAAAGUGAAAGCCCUCUCGGAAGGCUCUGACUGUCGGUGUAAAUGUGUUGUCAGACCCCUGAGCAGGAGCGCCUGCCGGCGGAUAGAAGAAGGGAGCGCCACCGCGCAGGACUUCUACACUGUGGAGACUAUCACAUCUGGACCAGAGUGCAAGUGCGCCUGCAUCGCUCCUCCGUCAGCGGUCAACCCGUGUGAGGGAGAGUUCAGGCUGAAAAAACUUAGAGAAGCUGGAAAAGAGAAUGUCAAGCUCUCCACCAUCCUGGAGCUGCUGGAGGGCUCCUUCUAUGGCAUGGAUCUACUGAAGCUGCACUCCGUUACCAAUAAGCUGCUGGAUCGCAUGGAUAACAUUGAAAAGGCAGUGUCUCUGAACCACACCAAGGAUGAGGUGAGGCCCCAGGAGAGCCCUCCGAUCCAGGUGGAUGCGACUGAAAGCCCACCCACCUCUCCUCCAUCCCGACAUGAGGACCAGAAGAGACUCAAUGGGGCUGCGGUGUAUCAAGACCCACAUGAAAAGUAUGAGGAGCGGUUUAUUGGGGAAAAUCCAUCCUUCCUACCGACAGAUGGUUCUGCUCAGAUCAUUGAGGUCAAACCUCAGGUGACUCUCAAAAACGUGGUCAACAAGGAGGCCUCUCAGGUGUCGAAGACCGGUCCCAAAGGAAUGAUCAUCAGAGGAAUGACUUUUUAUAAAUCUGAGCCAGAUCCGAUGGUGGCCGAUGACGGAGAGCCUGGAGAGAACUUUUUUGAGUAUCAUGGAUUCAGUGGUGAUGGCCCAGUUAACCUCUUCAUUGAGGAGAAUCUUCUACAACACAGAGCCCCUCGCCCCAGGAUGAGAGCAGGACCGAGAUCAUUUCGACCAAAGACGACUUUUUACAGCUCCAUGAAGACCAGCCAGUCAACAGAAAGGAAAGAAGCUGAGCCCGCCUCAGAGACGCAUAAUGAGUUCAUCAGUGCUGUUGGAACCACAUCAGUGGAUGUGUCUACAGAUGUACAGAACGAUGCAUCCACAACGAGAAGCGUCACAUUUGGACCAUCCUCUACCACACAAAAAAACAUCACAGACACCCCACCUCAGACUACUCAAAGAGUCUCUGCUGUGACGACUCAGCAGCCGACCCCUUUCACAAUGACUGAACCAGUGGACACUUCUGUAAGCAUCACAACCAAAACUUCAAUGAACACGACCCAACUGUCCAAAAAUACAACCACAAAAGACGUCCCGCCAGCAUUCACAACAGGAACUACACCAACCACCAUGAUGGAAACCUCUGCCCAGGAGGUGAACGCCCAAAUGCAAACCAUACCUAGCACCGCAGCACAUUCAAGCACACAUGCACCAAACCCAACCACAGAGGCUUUAACUACCAGCCCGACUUCCACUACGACCGUCACGACUCAUGCUGCUGUGACCUCAGCACCAGUACAGCCGACAACAGCUUCCACACCAGUUACCUCCACGCAGGCUGCUACCACAACACCAGAAGAAGAAACCACCUACACUUCAGGCUCGACUUUACCUCCUACCACACAGAGAGUGACCACUUUGUCUCCCCACACUUCUCCGUCUUUCACCACACCUGUGACUACCUCUUCUUCAGCUGCCACCACCACCACAACAACCACUACCACCACCACUACAACCACGACUACCAGGCCAGCUACUCGAAUCAAAAAGAAAUACAAAAUCGUCUGGGAGGAGGAAGAGGGGGAGGAGGGAGACCCAGAGUUAGACGAGCCAAUGCAGAGGCAGGAGGAAUUUCCCCCCAAAAAACCUGGAGAGUGUAAGGACACUUUGGCAACAAUCUCAGAGCCCGUAACUCACAACACCUAUGGCAAGAACGAAGGAGCGUGGAUGAAGGAUCCAAAGUCUGAUAAUGACAAAAUUUAUGUCACUAACUCCUACUACGGAAAUAACCUCCUAGAGUUCCGCAACCUGGAGGUUUUCAAACAAGGCCGGUUCACCAACUCAUACAAGCUUCCAUACAACUGGAUCGGCACAGGCCAUGUGGUGUACGAUGGGGCUUUCUUCUACAACCGCGCCCUCUCCCGGGACAUCAUCAAGUUUGACCUGCGUCGGCGUUACGUGGCAGCCUGGACCAUGCUGCACGACGCUCUGCUUGAAGAGUCAUCGUCACUGUGGGAGUGGCGCAGACACUCAGAGGUCGACUUUGCCGUGGACGAGAGCGGCCUGUGGAUCAUCUACCCGGCACUGGACGAUGAGGGCUUCUUACAGGAAGUAGUUGUUCUGAGUCGACUGAACCCUUCAGACCUCAGCAUGCAGAGAGAGACCACCUGGAGAACCGGGCUCAGGAGGAACCACUAUGGGAACUGCUUCGUUGUGUGCGGCGUCCUGUACGCUGUUGACAGCUACAACAAAAGGGACGCUAACCUGGAAUAUGCCUUUGACACACACACAAACACUCAGAUGAUUCCCAGGAUGCCUUUCACCAACAACUACACCUACACCACGCAGAUUGACUACAAUCCCAAAGAGGGGAUUUUGUACGCGUGGGACAACGGACACCAAGUCACAUACAACAUUAAGUUUGCCUAUGUAGACCCUUAGUAAGGGUUUGAUAGUAGUUAUUUUAAAAAGUUAAAUCUAUGGUUUGAAUGGAUUGUAGAUCAGUCCACAUGGCCUUCAGUGUGGAGACAAAUGGGGGCCAAAUGUACAAAUAUACUAAAUGUAUUGUGACUAAAUUGUUUGGUUCUUAUCAAGAAUUUUUUAAUUUUUAUAAAAGAAAUAAUGAGCCUGAUUCCUCAGUCAACACAUCAAGUUGUACUGUAUAUAUUGCAAUACUGAAGGAAAAAAAAAAAAAGAAACCCUAUGAGAUAAAUGAAUGUAGAUGGGUGUCAGAACCGGUUCAUAUCUUGGGUACAAUAAUACGGAAGCACAUUGCAUUCAUGAAUAAAUGAAAAAACGGACACCUUAUCUCAUAAUUACAAGAUAAGAUCUUGUUAUUACGAGAUCCUGAUGUACUACAAUAAGGCCUAACGUUAACGUUAGCUGACAAUGCUUUUAAUCUGAAAAACGUUGACCAGAAGUACUGUCCUUGUGUUUCUUGGUGGACUCACUUUACAAAUUAGCUAACGUUAAUGUUAUUACACUAUCAGCGAAAGGCCUUAUUGUAGUACGACACCAGGAUCUCAUAAUUACGAGAUCUUACGUUGUAAGUACGAGAUUUUGUGUUGUAAUUGUGGGUUCCUAUCUCGCAAUUACGAGAUCCUGAUGUCAUAACUACGAGAUCUUAUUUUGUAAUUACCAGAUCCUGAUGUCAUAACCACGAGACGUAAUCUCUUAAUUACAAGAUCCUGAUGUCAUAACUACAAGAUCUUACCUUGUAAUUACCAGAUCCUGAUGUCAUAACUACGAGAUCUUAUCUUGUAAUUAUGAGAUCCUGAUGUCAUAACUAUGAGAUCUUAUCUCUUAAUUACGAGAUCCUGAUGUCAUAACUACGAGAUCUUAUCUUAGAAUUACGAGAUCCUGAUGUCAUAACUACAAGAUCUUAUCUCUUAAUUACGAGAUCCUGAUGUCAUAACUACAAUAUCUUAUUUCUUAAUUAUGAGAUCCUGAUGUCAUAACUACAAUAUCUUAUCUCUUAAUUAUGAGAUCCUGAUGUCAUAACUACGAGAUCUUAUCUCUUAAUUGCGAGAUCCUGAUGUCAUAACUACGAGAUCUUAUAACGGUAUCCUGAUGUCAUAACUACGAGAUCUUAUCUCUUAAUUACGAGAUCCUGAUGUCAUAACUACGAGAUCUUAUAAUUACGAGAUCCUGAUGUCAUAACUACGAGAUCUUAUAACGGUAUCCUGAUGUCAUAACUACGAGAUCUUAUCUCUUAAUUACAAGAUCCUGAUGUCAUAACUAUGAGAUCUCAUCUUGUAAUUAUGAGAUCCUAAUGUCAUAACUACAAUAUCUUAUCUCUUAAUUACGAGAUCCUGAUGUCAUAACUACGAGAUCUUAUCUUGUAAUUACAAGAUAAUGUGUCGAUUUUUGGAUUUAUUCAGUGAAUGCAAUGCGCUUCCAUACAAUAACACUACAAAAAGAACCAAUCCAUUUGAAGCAUACUCUUUCAACCAAUCCCCCAAUUAUUUUUCUGUUUUAUACACAUUAUUUUGUAUUACAUAUUUUUUUUUUGCAGGUUGUCUGCGUGGUAAUAUCACAGGUGUUGCUGUUGACCUCUAUCUUGUGAAAGCACUUACUCCCUCCAUAUCAGACUGUUUUGAGGAGACUGCAAUAA